UAGAAAAUAUAAAGGAGAAAGUAAAAAAGAUAAGUAUGAUCACAGCUUUGGAGAAUAAUCACUGUUGAACUAUUAACAUUUUGAAACAUUUGGAACUUUUCAGAUAUUUUCUUUUGCAUUCAUAGUCAUUUUCAAACAUAAAUGAGCAAUAUUGUUUUAUGAUUAUUAUUUUGUAACCUGAUUUAAUUCACUUAAUCACACAUUGUGAAUAUUGUUUAUAUCAUCAUUUUAAAUGCAAGCACAUAAUUCCUUUGCUUGAAAGUAUUAGCAUUUACUUAAGAUCUCCUACUAAUGCAACUGUUCACCCUUAAAAAUGGCCAAAUAUUGCACUCUGAGAUUUACCCUUGCUGGAGAUACAGCACAUAUUGUUUUUGAAGAGGGAAUUUUCUAAUGUUUACUAAAAAUACUGUGGUCCUGGGUUCCAUCUAGUUUUUCAAAAUUGACUUCAGGGAGAGACUAAAAGCCUAUAGAGAUUUAGAGAAGGAUUGGCUAUCCUUUGGGUACUAGUUUUUCAGUCAACUCAAGGAUAUCUUAAGAUCAAAUGAGAAUAAUCAAGGGUUUCCACACAGACAAUGAGAGCCUUGAGUAUUCCAUUCAGUUUUCAACUGAGGUUUAACCUACAAGGGCAGAUUUUUUAACUUGACUAUGCAUUUUGUGUCAACUGUAUGUGUUUCAACAUUUAUUAUACAAGUAUCCUUAGGAAUUCUAUUCAGACUACUGUUGAAUCAGAGUUACUGAAGGGCAAUUUAAGCAAAAGAUCAAGGACGCCUCUUUUAUAGUAAUGGACUGGGAGUCCUGUUCUGCCUCCUCGUUCCUGGGAACACUGUUGGAGACUGGCAUGGAGAAUUUCCACAGGAGGUUGUAACCCUUUCUAUUAACCUCAACAGCCAUCUAGCCCUUGUGAGAUUACCUUAGCUGGUACAAAGGGUUAAUUGAUGACAGUUGUAUAUUUAUAUGAAUGUAUUUUCAGAACAGAAGAUUUUAAUUAAUUUACUGUGGAUAGAGCAAAAAUACAAAUGAAAAACCAGUAUACUUAGAAAUGUUGCUGAGUCUCUAUUUGUUGAGGAUGUGAUAGAGGUGGAAAGAAUCCGGUCUGGAUAAAAUAGUGCUGGAGAAGCUGACCAUUAAGGGUCCUUUCAAUAUGAAUAGCUCAGACACUAGGAAACAUCUCUAGGACAGGACCGUUGCUACUGCAGUAUAUAGAAUUUCAGCUCCAAAAUUUGUGUUUGACUUCUAAAUGCCUUAAAUAUUCUUGAAGAAGUUUAAACACAUUAUUUUUUAAAGGCAAGUUAAUUUUCGUCAUUUAUGCCCUAAAAUUCUCUGGUUACUAGGUGUUAAUGCAAUCAAGUGUUUUAAUAUUAUCUUCAGUUUAUUGAUUACUUCUGUUCUUGGUGGGUUUCUCUAUCAAGGCUGUCUCUUGGGAUUGGUGAAACUGAUUUUCAAUUUACAGAGAAAUUAAUGGACCAGUGUCCAACUUUCUUCUUUUUUUCUCCUCUCUCUCUUUUUUCCUUUUUAUUCUGCCAUCAUCUUCUCUUUUAUUACCAGUAUUUCUCCUUCACUACCCUCUUCACCACUCUUCUUCCUUCCUUUAACUCUUCAAAUUCUACUUCUUUCUGAGGUAAUUUUCUCAAAAUUAGGCAUCUUUUAUGUUUCCCCAUCAUUCUCCAGCAUGAUUGCUGCGUUUUCUGGCAAGCUCUAUAGGUUCUGCAGAGUUUACUCUUUUGUUUAGGGAAGUGAUGGCCUAGAGUGGGAUCCUCAGUUUUUCUGUGCUUUGAUGCCCAUCUACUUCUUUGGUUGAGUAUUACCUAAGGGUCCAAAAAAUGCUUUUGAUCACAAGAAUAAUGUUCAGACUUACCCCCAAUGAAGUAAGAUCCCUUUUUCAUUGGAGUAACUGAAGGUGGCAAACAUCUGACCAUGAGCAACUUUAAGGCAAAUUCAUCAUAAAGUGCCUUUUUUAGUGUUGUUUGAAAAAUAAGCUGUUGCUAUAGGAUUUUAAUAAAAUUGGCCACAUGCCGAGAUGGAAAGCAUGUGGUCAUCAACUACAAAGGGAGCUUCAGCUGAGAGGGCUCAUUUUGGGAUGAAAAUUGUCUUCCUGUUUUCUUACUACAUCAAUGAUACAGCAGUUUCUUUUAUAAUUUCCAGUUGUGCACAAGCCAGUCAGCAGAAAAAUGAGUUUCCUUUCCUCGCUAGCUGAGAGAAUAUUCUUUUAAAAGGGGGAAAGAAAGAUGAAAAAGAAGGAAUGAAAGAAAGAAGGGAAAAAAAUCUAUGGCAAAAAAUACAUUAAAAACUCCUCCCCCUCCACUGGUUUCAGGGAAGUGAUUAGUUUGAGACACGGUUUGUUUUUGAUUUUAUCUUAGCCAGAUAAGUUGCUUCAUCAGGCACAUGAGGUUACUGGGGGAAACUGAUGAGCACUUUUUAGUGAUUCAAUAUUGCAUAAGUAAAUACAGCCUCAUUCACUGGCCAUUUAUUCUCUUGUUUAUUUCUGCUUACAGGCUAGAAAAAGAAUAUCAGUUGAUCAUUGGAAUUUCACUUAGAUUUUCUCAUUAAACUGUUCACACAUUUUAUUUCUUUUGGAUAGGGAGAAGAGAGAUUACAUUCCAAACCUGCAAAAACAAAAGAAAAAGUUCAAAGAUUACAAGGUCUUUCUCUUCAUCAUCAGGGAAGAAGCUUCAAAUUAGGCUGUAGAUUUUCUACUGAUGUGCAACUAAAUUCAGGGUGUUAAAAUGUAAUAAAAUCAUUGUGUUACAACAAGUUCUCCUAGGUCUCACGUCUAGAUGAUACAGCAAGGUCAUGCACCUUGAAGAAUGGAAACUUCUUCCUGAAGAUGGUAAACUGGCAAGAUAGGAACCCUGAUUGCUGAUGACACUGUGAAGAUUCCAUAUCAGUUCUACCUCCUCUGAACUUCUUUUAGGCUAAUAAACCACACCAUGGAUAACUUAUUGGACUUUGCCUGAAAGGAAUCAUUAGUGUCAUUGGAUAUUUGACCAACCUGGCUACAGGUUUUUUCAGAAUGAAUGGAAGGUCAUGCAGCAUGAAUCUCCACCGGACAUCAGGAACCCCACAGGGGCCUGGCAUGGUCAGUGGCCAACACAUCCCUCCCAUUCAAGCCCAUUCGGGGACUCCUGGCCCCUCACCCUGUGGCAGCACAACAAGCUCUGCCAUUGGAAGCCUUGCUGACAGCCUCCAUCUCAAGAUGCCCUCAGGAGGAGGGAUGGCUCCUCAGAGCAACAUGAAUGACAGCCCCAUCCAUCUGCCUGCCUUGAGCCCCAGGAGACAAGUGCUCACCAGUGGGAAGCCACGUUUCCAGAUCACCCAGGCUGGAGGCGUGUCAGGGCCACACACAUUAAAGCCAAAGCAGCAGGAGUUUGGAAGCCCCUUUCCUCCAAAUUCUGGGAAAGGGGCUCUUGGCUUUGGGCCUCAGUGCAAGUCCAUUGGAAAAGGCAGCUGCAACAAUCUAGUGGUCACCAGCAGUCCCAUGAUGGUUCAGCGACUGGGACCCAUUUCACCUCCAGCAAGCCAGGUCUCUACAGCAUGCAACCAGAUCAGUCCUAGCUUACAGAGGGCAAUGAAUGCAGCCAACCUGAAUAUACCUCCUUCAGAUACCAGGUCCCUUAUUUCGCGAGAGUCUUUGGCCUCCUCAACUUUGAGCCUGACAGAAAGUCAGUCGACCUUGAACGUGAAACAAGAGUGGUCGCACGGCUAUAAGGCUCUCCCUUCACUCUCCUCGAACCACAACUCUCAGAAUGGCACUGAUCUAGGGGACCUAAUUAGCCUUCCUCCUGGGACAGCCAUGUCCGGCAACAGUGUCUCUAACUCAUUGCCAUCCUACCUUUUCGGUAUGGAAAACAGCCACUCUCCUUACCCCAGUCCCCGACACUCUUCAGCCAGGUCCCACUCGGCCCGCUCCAAGAAGAGAGCACUGUCCUUGUCCCCGCUGUCCGACGGCAUCGGGAUAGACUUCAACACCAUCAUCCGCACCUCGCCCACGUCCUUGGUCGCCUACAUCAACGGGUCGAGGGCUUCCCCCGCCAACAUGUCUCCGCAGCCUGAGGUCUACGGGCACUUCCUGGGCGUGCGGGGCAGCUGCAUUCCCCAGCCGUGCUCGGCGCCGAGUGGCCAGAAGGGCGCGCGGGGGCCCGGCGGCGGCCUGGCUCUCCCGGCCUACGACGAGGACAGCGCGCUGGAGUACGAGCGCAUGCAGCAGCUGGAGCACGGCGGCCUGCAGCCUGGCCUGGUCAACAACAUGGUGGUGCAGCACGGCCUGCCGGACCCUGCGGGCCCGCCGGCCGGCCUGCUCAAGACCGAGCGCCUGGACGAGUUCCCCGGUGGCGUCCUGGACCUGCCCCCCGCACCCCCGCUGCCGCCCCAGCCCCAAGGCCCCCCGCCGCCCUACCACGCCCACCCGCAUCUGCAUCACCCAGAGCUGGUCCACCAGGCCCAGCCGCUGGCCCUGCCUCCGGCCGCCCUGGAAGAGGAGGGGGAGAUGGAUGACGCCGGGGGCAAGCACUGCUGUCGCUGGAUCGACUGCAGCGCCUUGUAUGACCACCAGGAGGAACUUGUGCGGCACAUCGAGAAGGUUCACAUAGACCAGCGCAAAGGAGAAGACUUCACUUGUUUCUGGGCCGGCUGUCCCCGAAGGUACAAGCCAUUUAAUGCCCGCUAUAAACUGUUGAUCCACAUGCGAGUUCACUCGGGGGAAAAGCCCAACAAGUGUUCGUUUGAAGGUUGCAAGAAGGCCUUUUCAAGGCUCGAAAAUCUCAAGAUUCAUUUGCGGAGCCACACAGGCGAGAAGCCGUAUUUGUGCCAGCAUCCGGGCUGUCAGAAGGCGUUCAGUAACUCCAGUGACCGCGCCAAGCACCAGAGGACACAUCUGGACACUAAACCUUAUGCUUGUCAAAUUCCGGGAUGCACCAAACGCUACACAGACCCAAGUUCCUUAAGAAAGCAUGUGAAGGCACAUUCUUCCAAAGAUCAGCAAGCAAGGAAAAAGCUGCGGUCCAGUGCUGAGCUGCAUCCCGACCUGCUCACAGACUGCCUCACGGUGCAGCCCCUGCAGCCCUCCACCUCCCCACGAGACGCUGUCGAUAGGGCGGUGGGAUGCUCCCCAGAGCCCGGGCCUGACCUCUAUCCAGCUUCCAUUUUCUCCAGCAAUCACUCAAGCCGAAGCGGAACAGCUGCCGGGGCCGUGCCACCCCCACAUCCUGUCAGUCACCCUUCUCCGGGACAUACUGUACAGGGGAGCCCCCACAACCCCUCCUCCCAGUUACCGCCACUCGCAGCUGUGGACGCCGGAGCUGAGAGGUUUGCGCCUUCUGCUCCAUCUCCUCACCACAUUAGCCCCCGGAGAGUUCCAGCUCCUUCUUCAAUAAUGCAGAGAACACAGCCUCCCCAUACCCAGCAGCCCUCAGGAUCACACCUGAAGUCUUAUCAGCCAGAAACAAGCUCUUUUCAACCAAAUGGAAUCCAUGUCCAUGGAUUUUAUGGGCAACUACAGACAUUCUGCCCCCCGAAUUACCCUGACUCUCAGAGAACCAUGCCACCUAGCAGUCCCUGCAGUGUGAUGCCUUCCUUCGAGGACUGUCUGGUCCCCACUUCCGUGGGCCAGGCUGGCUUUGAUGUUUUCCACAGAGCCUUCUCAACUCACUCGGGCAUUACAGUGUAUGAUUUGCCUUCGGGUUCAUCAAGCCUCUUUGGGGAGACUCUUCGCAGUGGACCUGAAGACGCCACAUUCUUACAGAUCAGUGCUGUGGACCGCUGUCCUAGCCAGCUCUCCUCUGUCUAUACUGAAGGCUAAAAUCUCCCCUAGCCUCCACUGCUGCUGGCAUCCAGAAUCUUUUUGCUCCUUGUCACCUUUUGUUCUUAUACUUUCGCAGACCCUAAGAAAAAGGAUGUCAAGCAAAUCAACUCAAUAUGCCACACCACAGAUGUGUCUUUGGAGAGCAGGGCUGGAUGGUCAGAGCUGGGAUUUGUAGGUGUGUUUGCAACUGCUCCUUUUUCCCUCUGGAUUUGCCAGUGACCAGCAGGACUAUCUUUUCAAAGGGAAUUCGGAGUCUCACUACUGGAUAUCUGUUACUUCCCAAUUGUCAACCUUCAAGGGACACCAGUGAGAUUAUGUGCAUGUGAAAAUGUAAUUUGGAGAUCACCCUUGCUGAAAACUCCAAAUAAGGAUGGACAACCCAGAUUGCCAGCACAGUGAAUUGCCUCACCCAAGAGCCAGGCGCAACAAGGGAAAUCCACAUCCAAGCCCAGCAUGGGCUCGGCCCAGUUUCCCAGCACCAGCCUGGCAUCCAGGGAGCUGGCUGCCUCUCUCCUCCUGGGUACUCCCAUGCUAACCAAUUGCUUUUCAGUGUUUUUCCAAAAGCAAAAUGAGAAGGUUCUGUCAAGCACAGCCCCUUGGAAAGCUUGACAACUUGUUUUGUAUUCCUGCAACCUAUCUUAGUCCUUUGAUUUUAAAGCCUUGUUAUUUACAUGUACGUUUAAAGGAAAAAAUAUUUAGAAGUCUGUUCUUUGGAUGGAAAUAAUUAUUUUAAUCACCCCAGCUACAUACGUCUGGCCUCUGCUGUGGCUUGGCCUGGCCCCGCCUUGUAGCUCCUGUGUGCACCAGGAAUGUUCUGCAAAGGCUACCAGAGGGACAUGGGGUCAGCCACCCCCUUCCCAGUGCUGCCACAGAGAGCCUCGUGUGUUGACUGUUAGUGACUCCACCUUGAGGACUUUAUUCAAAGGAAAAUUUCUCUUGACUGGUUCACCCAUGGCCUCUACUCUGGUGCUCUGCCCAGAGACCUGCUAGAAGCUGUGAGAGCAGGGACACACGGAGAUGUGCUCCUGGGUUCUCUCAGAAAACCAAACUAGAGGUGCCUGAUGUCCAGCUAGUUUGCACAGCCUCUGCUCCCUCUGUUAGGAUCUCCCCUCACCAGUCUCUGUCGCUCCCUUGCCCUUCUCCUCCCUCUUCAUUGCUCUCAUCCUGUUUUUUUGACUGUAGUUCAGACAUACCCACCACCUGAGCAGGGUCUAGCUUAGGGCAGGUAGAGGAGACAGUUCUGGAAAGGUGGCCAAAAAGAAGCAACCGCUUUGUCUGAAACUCUGUUUUGAGCGCCUAGAAUUUUCACAGAGCUCUUGGCCAUUUGAUCUCAAACCUGAAUAGGAAGUCAUUUUCUGUGACACCUUUUUGUUGCUGUUGUUUUAUCGCUAAGUCGUGCCCGACUCCUUGCCGCCCCAAGGACUAAAGCCAUCCAGGCUCCUCUGUCCUCUGUGACACCUUUACCAAGCAAUUAAAAAAGUCCCAAGUCCGAUGACAUAGGCUAUAAAAAUUGCCAAACCCCCCAAAACCUGGUAAAUUCUGACAUCCCAGUACAAUCACAUCUCAUGAUUUCUUUUCUCUCUCUUUAAAAAUGUUCUCUGAAGAAAAAUGAAACAAUGCUCUUUGUCAAACUGGGAUAAUUACAAUCUCCAACAAGACAAUUAAACAGCUUGGUGUCAGACUUAGGAUCUGGUGACAGUUUGUAUCCUGACAGACGUGUCCUUCCAGUCUGCUGCACAGUCGGUAGUGUUCUGCCUGACUCAGGACUUCAUUCCCACAUGCAGUAUAAUCAGGCUAAUAAAGAACCAAGCGCAGGGUCCGCUUUUACAGUGCUCUCAGUCAAUCUCAUUUCUCUGGAUAGUGGGCUUUGAUCUGAGAAGAGCCAUCAUGCAGACAUCUGUGUCUGCGAAAGAGACAAGUUAUUCACUUUACAAAAAUCUGCUCUGCUGUAUGAAAGGACGCACGUCAGACUUUUCUUUCCCAAUGAGCUCUCAGACGCACACCAAGUGCCACCCUUCUGGCAGACUUGGUGGAUUGCAUCACCUGUGUCCUUUGCCACACCCUGCGGAGAAAGGGAAGUUCUGGUAUGGUAGACAGUCUAUUCAUUCUAAAUCCCAGAGCCUCUACAGGGAACUCAAAACACAUUUCAUUCAUGUAAUGAGGAAAAAGAUGGAAAGGUAAGGCAGUUACUGCAGUUGAUGUUGUCAGCCUACUUGUGGCUUCUGGCUGUAAUUUGACAUGGAAACAGGGAAGGAGGACAAAGCCAGAAGAACCCCAGAUACUCUGGCUGGAGGAGAUGCUCCUGAGCAUCAAUAGUCUCCCUGCCAGCCUCACUGAGGUCCAAGGGAGCCUGGGGGUGCCAGGUGGCAGCCACACCUGCAGGAUCUCCUUCCCUGGCAGGAAUUAGCAGAAGCAGGCCCAGUACCACCUGCAAGGCGGAGUGCCCCUCCUACUCCUUUCCCCAUCCCGUGUUUCACCUUGGCUACAGGUUUGAGCUCAGGACCCCAGGACAUGCCACUUCCAGUUUCCUUCUGGGUGACACGUGCUGGCCUUAGAUUCCAGGAUCUCACCUGACCUUUAAAUUCAUUCCUUGCUUGCUUUCACAUUGCACAAGAUUUAUAUAUGUUUUCAUCAUUAUGUUUGUAACAGUAAAAGUGGAAACUUCAAAAGAUCAUUCCCUUCCAUUUUCUAGUCUUUUUCCUCUUGAUAUAUAACCAUUUUCAUAAACAUCUGAACACAGAUUGUCAUUCCCCUUUAAAAAAAAAAAGAAGAAGAAACUGAUGUUCAUGAAAAUACACACAGCCCAAAGCCAAUUAUCCUAUUACAUUAAAAAAAAAAUCAGCAUGCCUAGAGAUAUUUUACUUGCUGCAUUGUCUUAAUUCCCUAAAGGGACUGCAUCACAAUGUAAAUUGUAAUUUAGCCUGUGAUCAGUGUUAAAUAUUCUAUUCCUGUAAAAUAUCUCCCAUUACCCAUGUCACCCCCCCCCCCCAAAUUAUUUACGUGAUUCUAAAAUGGACAAAAGGUCAUCAGUCAAUCACAGCAAAGUUUCCACUGGUGAACCAGAGCUUUGGUGUUACUCUGUUUUUAAAUUAGCAGCUGUCAAGCACAUUAGCAUACUAGAACAGAGGUAAGUGUUCAACCCCAUCUUCAAGAACCUUGCCUCCCAGUUGUUUUGAAUUUGGGGAAUAGUGGUUAAAAAUGUCCAAUUUAAUUAUUUGGUAUUUUAUUUGACUGUUUUGACCAUGUCAUUUUAAAGCAGCAUUUUUAACAGCACUUUUUGUUGGUGGUGUGGAAUUUCUGCGGUUACAUUUUUUUUUUCUUUGCAAUGAGUAAAGCAAAAAAAAAAAAAACAAAACACUCAUUGGAGAGAUGGCAAGUGUAAAAAAGAGGAGAUUUAUUUUGUACAGACAGCAGAGCAUCCUGUGUAAUGUUGCUGACAUAAAGCACUUUGGGGGGAAAAGUGGAAAUCUGUUUUCCAUAAAUCACACAGACUCUUGUACAUAGUUAUAUACACUCACGUAGAGAAAUGAACUGCAUAUAUCAUACUGGAUAUGGGGCUGAUUUUACUCUAGGGGCACAUCUGGUGCUUAUUGUCAUAAAUCUUUUAAAGAAUUAGGUACACUUUUUUCUAUUAAUAUGUAUAGUUUUGUGAUUUGUCACAGUUAUGUUUCAUAUAAUCAUAAGUUAUUUUGUCUCGUUUCAUGAAGUCCUUUUUUUAUGUCAAAAGUAAAAUGAAGGGAUUGUGCACUUGGUACAUAAUAAAACUGGAAAUAGAGGAUAUGCCCACCUGCCUGAAAUCCUCUUUCAGCAUGUUGUUUUAAAACACAAUGGCAGCAACCAUUUUUUGUUUGUUUGUUUGUUUUAUUUUGUUUAGUUUUUACCAUCCGCUUCCCUCAUAUUGGGUCGGUAAUUAUAAUUAAAAGCAGAUGGGGGUGGGGGAGGGAGUGUCCAAGGCCAGCUUUAAAAUGCCGCAUCGCUUUGGGCCAGAGCUGCAGCCUGGAUUUAAUUAUAGAUAUGAGGACGAAAUGGCAGUAAAAAUGAAUGUGUCUCUGAAUCCUUUACAUGUUGGGAGUGUCCAUAAAUAAAACAUGAAGUUUUAUUUCAUCAGAUUUAAUUAAAGCUUUUAUACAUGUUUUAUUGGUUAUUCUAUUAAUCUGCUUCAAAAACUGGAUAAAUGUGUGCUGGUG